AUGGCCUUUAUUCGCCCGUUCGUGGAGGCGGACCAGGAGGCCAUGGUCCAUAUUUUCAGGGAGACUGCGGCACCCGACCUGCGAGCAGCAGGAGACCCAGUUUUGCACUAUGCGUCCUAUCUUUGGUGUCGGCCGUACUACACGUUGCAACCCGACACGUGUUUCGUUCUGGACGACGGCAACGGGCGAGCGGUGGGAUAUCUUCUGGGUGUUUGCGACACGCCAUCGUUUGUAACUAAGUACCGGGCUGCCUUCAUACCGUACAUUGAGCGAGAAGGCAUCGAAGAGCCGCGGCCAGGUGAACCGGUGGGAUGGAGUGAGAACCUGCCGAAUGCCCUCAGAAACAUCAUGUUCAACCCGGAAGGCAUGCUGCAUCAAGACUGGCCCGAGCUGAUGAAGUCCUGGCCCGCGCAUCUGCACAUCGACCUCCUGCCGGAGUAUCAGCGGAAAGGUUACGGUCAACAACUCAUCGAAAGAUUCUGUGACGUAGCCCGGAAGCAAGGCGCAAAGGGCGUGCAUCUAGGUAUGGCUGCGACGAAUGACAACGCUGGAAAGUUCUAUGACCGUGUAGGGUUUACACGGUUCCCUGCUGUUGUCGACGAUGGCGUGUCGGGAGAGCAAGGCAGAACUGAAGGCGCCAUCUGGUUGGUCAAGUCGCUAUGA